ACUUCCGCAGUAUAAAAUCAUUCUCAAAAACAUGUUACAGUUCGGAACCUUUGAAUCCAAUAUAUUACUUUUUCUAAAUAUCUUGACUGAUCUUGACCAGUGCAAGCGCUGCAGUACAUACAUUGUAGUCUGCGCUAGUCUCUGCGCUACGCUUUGGCUAAAUUGAAAGGAACUUGUUGUUGCUAUUGUUAUGAGACAUGUCCUGUCAAAUUAAAGGGAUCGCAAAUUUAAUUGAUCCAUCUAACGUCAAGGAUCGUUUACUUGGCAAUGAUGUUGUCAAAUUUGAUCAUGUUCCUGGACACGAAUUACCCCUUCAAGAUAUCUUGAUCUCCUUGUCAUCAGCUGGAGAUGUAUUGGUAAUGGCAUGGAAUAAAAACAUUGUCAUUUUAUCAUCAAAAUGGGAUUCUCAAGAGACAGGAGAAAUUAAAAAUAAAUUUUAUGUAACAUGGAAUGGAGAAAUUGCAAAGGAACAAAGUGAAUGGAUAACUUCAGUGGCAUGUCUGCCUCUAAUAUCGCUGGGUAAAGCAAGUGCUGGUAGUGGUCCAGAUUGGACAUGUAUUGCUGUAGGAUUUUCGACAGGUUUUAUUCGAUUUUAUGCAGAAACAGGACCACUACUAGUAGAAGAGCAGCUUCACAGUGAAGCAGUAUUAGGAAUAAAAUGCCAGUCAUAUUCUGCACCGAGACAUGCUGGGGACACUAGUUUAUCAGAAGAAGUUUACGUAUCAUACAGUAGUGCUGUAUGCAUACUGCAGGGGUUUCCAUUAUUUUCUACUCUCAGAGCUUGUAGAAACCAUCUAGCUCGAGUACAGGCGAAUUGUAACGAUAAGCCCCCAGCGGCAAAUCUGACGUAUAAGAAAUGGGGUUUCAAAAAUCAGGAUAUUAUAAACGAUUGCGAAGUUAUUGGUACAACGUUUGUUAAUACUUUCGAUCACCUAAUGACCGCGUCGAUUUGCGGUGGAUAUAAUGCCACGUAUCGCUCUAGUGCUCCACAGCAUAGUUUGAUCAUGGCAACAGGCAAAAGACCAUUUAUUGGAUUUCAUUAUGCAUUGGAGGGAGGAACUGCACCUGUUUUAUCCGAUGUUGCCAUUGCAAUGGCUAGCAAAUUAGCCAGUGCUAUAGGAACUGCGGUUCCAUGGUUUCGUGGAAGUUCAAAGGUCCCUAAUUCUCCUGAAAAAGUAAAGGGACCGGUACAAGAACCAGCCGAAGCUAUGAUUUGUAGAUUCGGUCUGAGCGACAUUAUGAGAGAGGGUGACUGCAUAAUUAUCAGUCCAAAUAAGAUGCUCUCGGUUGUCACUGAUGCUAUGGGUAGGGUCACUUUGAUAGACAAUAGACGAGGCAUUGCUUUAAGAAUGUGGAAAGGCUAUCGGGAUGCCCAAUGUGGAUGGAUUGAAGUUAGUGAAGAGAAAAAUCGCGUAUCGCACAAAGGCCAUGGGAAAAGUAAUUUUAAGACGUCCCAUGGUCAUCCCUUGCGCACCGCACUUUUCUUAGUAAUAUAUGCACCUAAGAAAGGAAUCAUAGAUAUCUGGGGUGCACAGCAGGGUACUAAGAUCACAACAUUUUCUGCGAGUAAACAUGGACGAUUACUUUAUACAAGUUAUGGGCUGUUAGGCUUAAACGACAUGGUUAUUAAUCAUACCAAUCAUGCUCAGUAUCCCUGCGUAUUCAUGGAUCCUCUUGGAGGAUUAAAGGAGAUUACAGUGCCUUUUCAUUUUGCACUUAGUAGUAAAAAUGGUAAAAGAGCUCGAGACCUUCAUCUAUUAAAGAAAUUGAAAGCCUUUAUGCGUGAGGAAGAGUUCGAUGAGGAAAGGUUGAUAAACGAGGUGGCCAAUAUAUGCCUCGAUUUAAAAACUAAUGAAGUCAGACUACAGGUCAUUGAAAUGUUAAUGACCAACAAGCAUAUUGUGCCAGACGCUUUGCUUGCGGCGCUAAACUGUUUUGUUGAUAAGUUUGUGCAAUACGAAGGGGAUGAACUAGAACCAGCUGCAAAAUCUCUUUAUCAAAUGUCCACGCAAUUACAGAGAGCAACGGAAUUCUAUAAAUUUGUGCGUUCACAAUUUGAUUGUCCUCCGGAAUAUGAUACUAUUGUAUCUGAUAAAAUUCCUACUGCAAAAGAAUUAUCAUCAAUGCUAUUAACAUCCGAAAGGGAGGUGCAUAGAAUCCUAAAGCUUUCAAAGACCUUAACUGAUUUCGAAAAUGCAAACCCUAGAUCUCAAGGAAGAGUAACUUUUAAAGAAGAUGGCAGAACUUUUCUAGAUUUUCUAUCAUGUUUCGAAUUUGGUAGUUCUGGUCCUGUCAUGUUACAUAAAGAUUUGACUUAUGAGAAAAAAUGUCAAAUCUCUGAAUUAAUAUACCAAGGAUGGAUGUAUUCAAAUGAUUCAGUUACAACCUGGCGUGAAGCUGCAGCGCAAAGUAAUAUUCAACCAUUAACAAUGAUGCAACUUGCUCUGAUAUAUUGGUUAAAAAAAAAACCAGGAACAACCCUACAAAUGGAAUUGAAACGGUUCACUCAACUUUUACAUGCAGUAUGCUUCUUGGGUGAUGUGGAAGAAAUAUGUGCAGAAUACAACGAAAUUUCCUCAUGGUGGAGGGAUGCUAGGAAUACAUUGACAUAUUCUACAAAACCUUUUCAAGCAUUGACAGCUGCUAUAGCGUGUAGAGCCGUUGCUAUGACCAUUGAAAAGAAUCGUGAUAAGCUACAUUAUAAUAAAGUUAAGGAUGAUAAUGGGAAUGAAGAUGAGGAUGUAAAGAAUGGCAAUGAGGUACAGAAAAUGGAACAAAAUCAAGAUAAGAAAGCCAAUUCGACACCAGAGGAAGAAACGUAUAGCUCAACUAGUGAAUGGGAGAAUGUUAGCAAAGAUACUUGUCAAUUUACGCUGCUCAUUGGUAAUUUAGAAGAUAUUGCAAUACUGAAUGCCGUCGUAAGCCAUCCGCCUCCAUCGGAUAACACAACUGUGUUUUUUUCGAUACCUUUUGAAAAAAUUGAUAUUUCAUUAGGAACUGUACUCUCUAAAGGAAAAGGAUCUGUUUCUGAAAUCGUUGCCAAAUGGCUAGCAUCAGCUGGUCUCGAUCCAGCGCGUUUAAUAGACACUACGGAUGUUGAAUUUGAUCAUAUGGAAUUGUCCAUCGAUUCCCUUAAAAUGGCUGGUUCCUUGGACGAGGCUGCAGCGUCUGAACUUUCUCAACAGGAUCAAAUGAAACUGUUGUCUGUAUCCGUAGAAAUUGGUAGCGAAGCUAAAGCCGAUACCACUGCACAGGCCUUUAUAUUAGAAAAAAUUUCAUUGUUGAAACGCCACUUUCCGUAUAGCUUAACUAGUAGCGUUUUGCUUGCGAAUCUUUGCUGGGAAUUUGUAAUGGCGUGGAACAAAGAUGUCACGGAAUUAGAAGCGUUAGAUGCGACGCUAGCAGUGUUACGUCAAAUUCCUAUGAAGCAUAUGCGACAAGGCGUGUGUUGCCUUCUCUGGACUCUACAUAUGAAAAAAAGAAUGGAAGCAGCUGCUAAGCUUAUGAAUAAACUUGGUAAACUACCAAAGGAAAGGUUGUGCAUGCAGGAUAUUGGUCUUUCUGACAUACAAUUGACAAUAUUAUUACAACAUUGUGGAACUUUUUUGGAUAUAUUCUUGGAUACAGAAGUAUUAGAGGCUGAGAAAAGUUCGAUUGUGAAGACUGAAGAAUUAUGGGAAGGACAUCCGGCUGGUCCUCAGCCUUUUGCUGCACUAGCUGUUUCGCAGACACCAGCCUGUUACGAGUUGGUAAUGCUGCAUCUGCAACUGGCCAAUGUGCUGCAUAUGAUAGCACACUUUAAUCUUAAAAUUAACAGGCCACUAAACAAUUUGUUUGAAUCAGUGGCACAUCCGUACUUUUUCCAAGAUAUAACCGAUAAAGCAAUGCUUACAUGGUAUCGAGAUGAUAAGAGGGAUAGUGCAAGAACAGAAUUUUUAUGUCGCGUUAUCACUGCCUCUAUGGAUUCAAUUCACCAAGAAACUACCCAAGGAAAUAAUUUAAGUUCCACUCAAGCGAUUCUAUGGAUGAGCAAAUGUCAGACACUGGCAUCCAUUUGGAAAAUCAAUAAUGAUGAAUUACGGAUUCAUCAAGUGUGCCAAUUAUAUAUUAACGGGUUCGACCGAUUGGCAGAAGAAGUUGUGACAGCUGUAAAUGAUACAGAAACGUUGGCCAGUAAUUUAUUACCUAUUGCUGGAAAACGAAUGAUGGCUUAUCUGUCCAAAACACCUGAUCUUCUUGAAGAGGUUUCAAGAAUAAUUCCAGCACUUACUAAAUAUCUAGAGAGCCUUAAUAUACCAGGAGAGGUCUUUACUAAUUGUUCAAAUGACGAUACUGUUGAAUUAGUUCGUAGAGUAUCGAGACAUUUGCCAGAAAAUCAUUGUGAUUACCAUCUUGCUCAGCUUAUGCUUGAUGCUACGUUCAUCUACGAAGGAAAAACGUGACGGCCCAUUCUCGAAAGUCCUGAACUGUGAUUUAAAAAUGUCCCCUUCUGUUGACGGUAUUUAGAAUACCAUAUCACCUCUUAGUCUUGCAAUGAGGUAAGAUUCUACGAUCUGAUAUAAAUCCUACUGACACUGAUAUUUAAGUGCUAGAAGUGGUAUUUUACCAUUAUUAGCCAAGUAUUGAAAACAUUUGUACAAUAAACUAUUGUGCUAGAUUAGAUAUGGAGUGACCUUAUAAAGGAAAAAAUCAAUCCUCCUAAUCGAGCAAUUACCCAUUCGCAUUCAUGUUGAUUUCCUUGAGAUUGAAAAAUUCAUAGUGUAUAAAACAUCUGUUAAGUGAAACAGAGAGUCGCACUGUGUUCAUAUUUUGAUUUUCUGCGGCAUUUAUAUUUAUCAAUUUUGAUGUAUAAUAUUUAGAGCGAUAAUGGUUUAAUAUCUAAGUUGUUAUCGACUCCAAUCACAAUCUAAAGCAGAUUGUGUAGAUUAAUUAUAGCACCAAUAUAGAAUAAAAGUUCUUUCUCAUUGUACAAAUAAAUAUUUUAAUGAUAGCUUAGGAGAAAUACACAGUUCUUUAAAGACUA